AAUCAAUCAACAAGUAAAUUUUGCAUUGGGUUUUGACAUGCAAUCCACUACAAACAGACGGGUGUUUAGUAAGGAAGAAUGGGAGAAGAAGCUAUCACAAGUACAGGUGGAUAGGAGGGAUCUCAAUCUGCUUGUAAUGAACUAUUUGGUUGUUGAAGGGUAUAAGGACGCUGCAGAAAAAUUCUCCGAGGAAACGGGUUUGGAUCCGGGUGUGGACCUUAAAAGUAUAGCAGAGAGAAUGGCUAUUCGAACAGCAGUACAACGCGGAGAAAUUGACAAGGCAAUCGAGUUGGUGAAUGACGUGAAUCCUUUGAUACUAGAUUCCAAUCCUUCUCUAUUUUUUCAUCUUCAAUUGCAGAAACUUAUAGAGCUCAUCCGACAAGGGAAUAUAGAACAAGCUCUCAAGUUUGCACAAGAAGAAUUGGCUCCAAAGGGGGAAGAAAACCCCGUCUUCUUGGAAGAGCUUGAAAGAGUAAUGGCUUUGCUUGCGUUUGAAGAUCGUGCUACGUCACCAGUGGGUUUUCUAUUGCAGCAGUCACAAAGACAGAAAACGGCGUCAGAGCUGAACCAAGCAAUUCUAACGAGCUUUGCACAAGAGAAGGAUCCAAGGUUACCAAAUUUGCUGAAGACUUUGUUAUGGGCACAAGAACAACUCAAGAGCAAAGCGAUAUUUCCAGAAAUGGACAUUAAUACAGGCGUCUUGUCGGAUCCACCAAGGGAGUAACAAAGAAAAUUAUUUGUGAAAUAUGUUUGAGUAGUUUCUAAAAGGUUCAUUCGUGUAUAGAUUUAUGGCUUUGUCCAAAAACCUUUUGAGUAAAGGUGACUUUUCGCCAAGGCAUUCGAGUUUUGAUCUACUUAAUGUAUUUACAUGAGCUUAAACUUCUGUAUUACCAAUCAACUGCAUGCAGUUUGGCGAAACCCUUACAAACUUCAAAAAAUUAGAAUAAAAAUUAUCUUUAUUGU